GGUCCGCGGAGCAGAGCUCACUCAGCCUCCCGCUCCCUUCAGUGCUUGGGUCUCUGGGGGUGACACCAAAAGCUUCCGCUCAGUGUCCGGUGCCUGGCGGCGGGUGUCCGAUCGUGGAGGCGGAGGACAGCCGGGCAGGUGGAGGGCGCCGCCUGAAGCCAAAGGAGAGACGAGCAGGGCUGGGCUGCGGGAGGCGCUGCCGCCACUCUGCCCGCGCUGCCCCGCAACCUGCGGCGGGAGGAGCAGGCAGCAGCCGGCCCUCAGCGCUCGUCUAGCAGAGCGCAGCGGGCAGUGCGGACCCCCGGGAUGCUUCCGACGUUGCUGCAGCCGCCGGCGGCGUAACAGAGCCGAGCCUGCUGCUGAGAGAGGCUGAACAAAGCUGGGUCUCAAUCGCGCUUCCUGCUUGUCAGCCUCUUGUCUCCCAAACGCUUACUGUUUCCACUUGAUGUCAACACGCAGAAGGGGGUGAAAGGGACGCGUGACAGAUUCAGAAAUUAGCACAUUUGUGAAUGCUCGAUGCCCUGUGAGCUUGAGAAGAGGGAUCCAGAGUGGUGACAUUUGAGAACCGGCUUCUCCAGCUUCCUGUUGGUCCUGCCCUUUGACUCUUGGUCCGCGAUGGAGACACUCUCCCAGGAUUCCCUGUUGGAAUGUCAGAUCUGUUUUAAUUAUUACAGCCCCCGACGAAGGCCCAAGUUGUUGGAUUGCAAGCACACCUGCUGCUCGGUGUGCCUCCAGCAGAUGAGGACCAGCCAGAAGGACGUAAGGUGCCCCUGGUGCCGUGGCAUCACCAAAUUGCCCCCGGGCUUCUCUGUAUCACAACUGCCCGAUGACCCAGAGGUCUUGGCAGUCAUUGCCAUACCACACACUUCCGAGCAUACCCCAGUCUUCAUCAAACUUCCAAGCAAUGGGUGCUACAUGCUGCCCCUGCCCAUCUCUAAGGAGCGUACACUCCUGCCGGGAGACAUGGGCUGCCGCCUGCUGCCAGGGAGCCAGCAGAAGUCUCUCACCGUGGUGACCAUCCCUGCAGAACAGCAGCCCCUGCAGGGUGGAGCUCCCCCGGAGGCUGUGGAGGAGGAGCCUGACAGAAGGGGCGUGGUGAAGAGCUCCACAUGGUCUGGCGUGUGCACUGUCAUCCUGGUGGCCUGUGUUUUGGUCUUCCUCCUGGGCAUUGUGCUACACAACAUGUCCUGCAUCUCUAAGCGCUUCACUGUGAUAUCCUGUGGUUGAAGUCUUUCACAGGGAUGCCUCUUGUGGGUGCCAACUUAGGGGGUGAGCAGGUGUUGGUGAUGGGAUCCCUGUGAUGAGAUGGGGGUGACACUGCACAUUUGGUGCAAGCGCUGGCCUGCAAUUGUCACUUGAUUCACCUAAAGACAAGUGCAGAGGGUGAGGUCUCAGCAAGAUCCCAGGAGAACAGUUUCAAGAUGGUGACAACUAUGAAGAUGUUUGCAUGCUUCCUCAUAAUUGUGUAUCCAAUGGGCUGUAAUUUAUGAUUUUCCUAAAUCAUGGUCUCAAGUUAGACUUUUCUACUUAGACAUGAAAAUGUACAUGUGGGUGCAAUAGCUCUCUAAAUACGGUAGACGGUAGGUUAAAACAGAUGCUGUGUACACAAGUAGAAUUAAACCUCAAAUCCAUGUUUAAAAAACAAAAACAGUGAAGACCCAGAGCUGGCUCCUGUGUGUGCAUGUUUGUGUGUGUAUGCUCACGUGUGUGUGCGUGCGUGCGUGUGUGUCUGUGUGUGUGUGUGUGUGUGUAUGUGUGUGUGACUGAACCCUGGUCUUCAUAAACUUUUUAUACAUUUUGAAUGGCACCCAAAUCAAAAUAAUCAAAACAGACCUUUUGGCUGUUUGAAGAAAAUAUUUGCACACAUGUCUUCAGUGUGUUGUGCUUUGCCAAGUUCCUUCAUUUCUCUUCAUCUGUGAUUUAAGCUUGCUCUGUGCUUGUUAAGCUGGAAGCCCAACAGGCAAGUGAUGGACAGGGAAAUAUAUAGGCAAUGUCUAAUUCCCUAAGAAACCUAUAUGCCAAUCUUUCUCAAGCCAUCUCACAAGAUAAGAAUUUAAAGUGUAAAUAUUGUGAAUCUCUGUGUGUAUUUUGUGUGUGUAAUUCAAUUUAUCUCAGGUUUUUGAGUUUUUCCUGAAGAAUCCUGGGAGUAAGACUUUGUGGGCGUGCAUAAGCCAAGUGUCUACAACACCAGCCUCCUGGCCGGUGCCUGGAUCUUUCCCCCACAUCACCUCCAACAUCCACUUGCACUUUGCUGUGUAUAGUGAUCCCAUGUCAGUAAAGGCUCAGACAGAGCAUCAGAAGAACUCGUCAUUUUCCCUCAGUUUGGAGGGCUUUGUGUCAAAGUCACAAAUGUUGCUAAUCAAUGGCAUACCUAGAUGGGCAUUGUAAUAGACAGUCCUUGAUGAUCUUUUCUUUGAAAGAUUUUCCUGUAAGAGUUAACCUGCUUAGAAUUCAAUUUCAUCUUGUUGGAACUUUCAAGAAAAUGUUUUGUAUUUCAAAUGUUUCUACUGCCAAAAGUAGUACGGUGAACAAAAAUGCUCACCAUGUAAGUGAACCAGUUUCUCAUGAUUGCUCAACUAUUUUUAAAUGUGAAUUUAUGAAGAAAGAUCUGUUAGCAUAAAAGAAGCAGUCCCUAGUCUGGCUGUGUGUAUUCUGAAAGAGUUGCCAGCGCUAUAGUCCUCUUUGAACUCUGUUUGUGGAAUGAGUGAUGUUUGUCAAGGACUCCACUCAGCUGUGUUCCUCCCUGCUGUUCUGUUGAAUCCCUGAAAUGGUGGAAAGGGUGGGAAAGGCAAAGGAAAGGAAAGAGUGGCACAGGAUCUAAGCAAGGUCAGAAGCAGCCCUGGAACAUGGAAGCAUGAUUGGCCUGCUGGCCUUCAUCUUCAAGCUGCACAACAGACGUGUGCUAAAGUGAUGACUUUGCAGUGAAAUAAAACAGAGGAAUAACAUCUAGAGUACAACGAUAACAAUUGACAUGAAAAUUCAACAUCAAAUUAUGAGCUCUGGUUUUUAAAAUCUUUCAAAUUUAUAAGACCUUUAGGAAAAAAAUGUAUCUGAGGGCUCAAACUAGAAAUUAGGUUAAAAUACCAUUUUAUCGUGUAAGCUAUUGGGCAUUAUACAACGAAUAAUCUAGGAUUUAUUUGGUAUUAAUAAUUUAGGUAUCAUUAGCUGAAUACUAUCCUCUAUUAUGUAACAUAAUAUACUGUUGGGUUAGCAUCAAUUUCUCAAACUCUCAGGCUGCUCUAAUGCAUGUCUGACCCACUUUCUAUUUCUCUCGGAGGAGAAAACACACAUAGACAAAAAUGUUGCGUAAAGGAUGUUAUGUUUCCAAUGGAUGUUACUCUUGCAAUUUUAAGCCAGGCCAUAUUUAAAUUCAUUUGUGAGAGAUAUCAGCAUACCUUCCUGUACAGUAGAAAAUGAGUGAUCCUAUAGUACAGUGUGUGAAAAUGUUCUAGUUGUUUAGGAGGCUAUUUAUAGAUACUAACAUGUGUGUUGAUAUGGUGUCCUGUGGUUUUUCUUGCAAAGCUGUAUAGUAAAAUUGUCCACAGAACUCCUAAAAAGUUCAUGUUAGAGCUGUAAUUAAGCAAAAUCAAUCUGCUCCCUGGUAGACUCUUGACCUUACAACCUGACAGUAAUAACCCAAGUCAAAGCUUUUUUAUGUGUGCUUGGUCUAAGAGACAUUAUUUAAAACGGUUGAAAUGGAUUCUGCCUAUGGUUUGCAUAUGUGCUUAUUAGGGUGUGUGUGUGUGUGUGUGUGUGUGUGUGUGUGUGUGUGUGUGUGUGGUUGUGUGUUAGAGGAGGGGGCAAGGAGGCCUGCCAACUUCUAUAUACUUGAUGUUUCAGUUUAUUCUGGAAUUUACCCACAACACUAAAACUUUAUCUAUCUCAUGUGGGGCAAGCAGCCAGGGCUUAGAAUCACAUGCCAGUGGCAGGGACAGCAGUUGCAGCUGAAAGGAGGCUCUAGUGGCUUCAUCUUGCAGAUGAGCUCAUUGGGGUAUGUAGAGAGCAGUAGUGUGCAGGUUGUAAUUCUAUAGCAAGAAGACAAGACCCGUGUCCUGCUGUGCCGUGUUAUUCCUCCCGAGGCACACCACUUUCCCUCUCAGGCUAUGAUUGUUUACAGAGUCUGGGAAGGCCCUGUGUCAGCUAUUGCUUUGAGGGUUGCUUCAGAUAUUAAUUUCUUUUUAGAUAGCUUCUUUUUGGGAAAGAAAAGGGGGGGGGUUGAUUUAGGAAUGAAUGAAGGUAUUAAAAGAAAACUUUCAAACCAUGUGAUUCGAAUAUUUAGAAGUGUAAAACAUAAACCAGGAUCCUGCCCCCCACAUGUCCAGGACGAUGAGUGUUGUGUAAAUAGUAACCUAUAAGAAGCAUGAAUUUCUUCUUUAUUAAUGAUCUUGAUAUAAGCAAGAGAAUGCUUACCGUGUUAAGUAGAGCCAAGUAUGGCACUUCAUAUGUCGUCUUUAGAAAAAUUUUGUAUAAUGACCUGGGACAUAAAUUGUAAUGAUAAAGGCAAAUUAGUUCUGAAUUUCAGUCACACCUUAUUAUCAGGAAGGUCUGAGGCUUUUUUUUUUUUUGAAACAGAAUUAAAUUUCACCCUCUGCAUUACUCACAGAGUGGAUCCAUUGGAGUUUCAGCUGUAUGCUAGUUCAGCUCUUGGAAUUUUCUAAGUCAGUCCUGUUUGAUAGAACUUUUGGGAUUGAUGGAAAUUGUUCUGUAUUUGUUCAGUGUUGUUUAGUAGAGUGGCCACUAGCCACAUGGCUGUUAAGCAAUUAGGUGGGGAUGGCUGAAGAAAUGACUUUUAAAUGUUAUUUAAUUUUAAGAAAUUUAAAAUUAAAUAUUCCCAUAUGGCUUGUGAUCACAUUGGCCAUAAUGACAUCAGGAAGUUGACUAGUAACAGUUUGCCAAAAGAAAUUCCUUUCUAACUUAAAGACGCUUAUGGGCUCCAAAGGGGAGGGGUAGUAAUAAAAUCUCAUCCAUUGCCCUUUGGGGUUAUUGCUUAGAGACUUUAAACCAAGGAAUGAGCAGUGAAGCUUAAAGAGAACUUUAUUAAGCCCCUUUUCUGGGACCAUUAGCUGCAUGUAAAUCUAUUGUCCAAAGCUCAUAGCUAGACAGUAGCUGUAAAAUUUUUGACUUGCAAGCCAUGCAUGACCUGUGCUGUGAAAGUGUGUGUAGGGUCUUGUGGCCAAAAAAAAAAAAAAGAGUCAAUGUUACAGAAAAUCUAAUAAAUAAGAGUCUGAUGAAAUCCCAGUUCACUUUUGAGCUCUUUCCCAACCGAAUCACUGCAUCAGUGAGUGGGAAAUCCACAAUCAAGCAUGCAUUGCGGUGUUUACAGUGUUUCUAUUUGCCCUUGAAGUCAGUCAGUUUGUCAUGUAUUUGGUGUGGGCAUAUGUGGGUGCCAGGCUGGAACAAGGUACCACUUUUAGAGUGAGAUGUGACAUUGUUGAGUGUCUCUUUUUAAAUUUAGUUAUCAUUAAAAGGUUUGAAACUUUGCACAAAGGCACUUUUUACAUUUUUAAUAGUUAAGGAAAAAAAAAAAAAGGAAAGCGUUCCUCAAUGGGCUUUAGAAACUGAAAGGUUAUUAUGGCUGUUCUGUAGAGUUACUCUUCUGUUAGUAAAGGGGAGUGGAGAGUCCAGCUCAAGAUACAUUCCGUAUAAAACUCAGACUGUAGCCGAUAGUCUGGCACCCUUCCCUGCUUAGAUUUUGAUUUAAAGAUCUCCUGUCCCUUCCUUUGAAAAUCUGUACCAUGUCAGAAUUUCCUAGCCUUCCUCUUCAUUGCUCCCCGCCCCAGUGUAGUGGAAGCCAACUGUGCUUGCUUUGAUGGAACAGAAUUGGGCUGAGUUUCCAAUUCUGCAGCCCUUCAAUAGGGAGCACUCUCUUUGGGGCUGGUCUUCAACUUGUUGGCCAAAUGGUGUUUUCUGAAGACUUUUCUAAGUUAGGAGGCCGACAGUGAUUCAUAUACUAUGGGUGAUACGCCCAGACAGCAACAAAGCUCCUCUCUCCUUAGAAGAAUGGUGUUAUGGACUAGGUAACAUUCCGGAACCACACCAGAAGUUGGCCAACUCAUACUCUGGACCUAGAUGGAGAAAUUACUUCUUGACAUUUUCACCAUAAUCAGGAAGACUUCACCUGAAAAGUCAUUCUCAUACUGACAGAAAUUCCAGGCAAGAGUGAGAUCUCCAAGAGAAUUUACCCAUGGUAUCUAUUUGAAAGAGAUAGUUGCUGGAUCUUUUUCAACCUGAAACUCUUGAAAACUAAGUGGAAAUUCAAGCCAUUUUUCCUGAUAGAAAUGACUUGCUACAACUAACUCUCUCUCUCUCUCUCUCUCUCUCUCUCUCCCUGUAAUCGGAGUUAACAUAAAGUAGAAAGCAUCAGCAUGAUUUUCUCAUCCAUGGAUCACAAAAUGCUGAAUUUAUAUAUUAAUUUUUAAACAGCUGUUAUGAGCUCCAUAUGCCAUGUCAAACCAACUACUUUGGGGAAUGUCUUAAACUCUUAAGACUUCUCCAUUUAUAAAGAGGUGGGUACUCCUACGUGAUGUCAUUGAAAAACCAUUGAUCACCCAUACACUGAGCAGGCAGGGCAUUUGAUUUCAGAAUUCUAAAUAACCUUUCUCUUUCCCUCCCUCCCUCCCUCCCUCCCUCCCUCCCUCCCUCCCUCCCUCCCUCCCUCCCUCUUUUCCUCCCUCCCUCCCUCCUUUCUUUCUCUCUCUCUCUCUCUCUCUCUCUCUCUCUCUCCUCUUUUGGUCCUUGUUAUGUUUCAAGAUUGUAAACUACUAUCUCUGAGAUACUCCAUUCUGAAUCAAUUUCUCUGAGCACUUCUCUUGUCUUGCUUGUUCCAGCCAAUGUCUUUUGAUUUUUCUCUGUUCACUGCCUGGGGUAUCCCCACUUGUGCAUCCCACACUGUAGUGGUGCUUGAAAAUGCUUAUCUCAUUUAUCUGGAGUUUAAUCUAAAAAGGGUUUUUAAAAUAUACUAUUCACAUUGUGUUAUUAGGGACAAUCAGCUAUUAGAACAAAGCACUGAGGGUCCUCCUGAGAGCUCCAACAGUGGGCCUUUCUCUUCGUUCCUUACAGGAUGUUUGUUACAUCCUGGAUCUUUCCCUGUUUCCCAGAUCACUGAUCUCAAUGCCUCCCUAGAUGGAGAGCUGUAGCCCACAAGACAGUCUCCUGUAAUAUUCCUGCCCAAUGAGUUACUGUGUUACUCUAACAGGAGCUUUUCAAAGGGACUGGUCACUCUUUAACUCAGCAUUUGCUUUUUGAGAACACAGUAGUCAGUGGUUGGAUAUAUUGGUGGCAAGGAAAUGUGAAGUAGAAAGAAAAGAGAAACAGAUGUGACAGAUGUCCUUCAGGGAACAAGUUGAUACCUAUGUUAUCUCUGUUUGAACAGUAAGAGAAGGCAGUGGCUGUUGGCUAGGUGGACUUAGCCAUCCCAUUGCCAAGGAGCCUCACCUGAGGGAAUGGUACAGACAAAACCCUGGGCUCUGAAUAGAUAGACAGACAUGCCCAGAGAAGGAGAAACUAUUUUUAAAAGAAAGGAAAGUGAAAUGGGAUUAUGGGUUCAAAAAAAAAAAAAAAGACUUUACACUGUAUGUCAGCCAUGGUAGAAGCCAACUGAAGAUAACCUGGGAUCUCGACCAUUCUACCAGGGAUCACCUGCUUAAGUUGAAGACACAAAUGGAAGGUGCUUGGCUCAUGAGGAGAUUCCCAAGGAGUUCUCAUCUUUCCUGUCAUCCUUUCAGAUGCUUUUGGGUUAUCAAGGCUGUAGAAAAUACCAGAGCCUGCUUAUGGAGUUGGCCAUGGAGUACAUAUAAGUGUACCUUGCUCCUCUCUUUGCUAUGAAAAAGUUCUAGUUCAAUUAGUGAGCUGUGACUUGGGUACGACUACUGCAAAAAAAAUAGUUCAAUAAUGUUGUGCUUAUGUUCUUGCUGCUGCCAUUAUUAUAUUUAUAUAUCUCACCACUUGUAUGUAUGACCUCACUUGAUGGUUAUAGGUAUGGAAAUUGCCAGCAGUCUGGGGAAGUUGGCCACAAACUCCCAAUAGAGGACAUAUGUAACCACCACCAUGUUCCCUUCCAUUCUUAAAGACCCAUGUGUGGGCUUUCUGGUCUUGUAUAACACAUUGCAAUCAGAUGGUGAGAUUAGUGCUGUUCUGAGGCUGUUAAUUCUAGUUCCUGACUUGUUUCAUUUAUAAUAAUGGAGACAGUUUCUUUGGGGAAGCUUUUCUUUGAAAGGGCCAAAUUGCCCUACAGAUAAAUGAGCUGCCGGGCAGUGUAGAAAUUCUUGUCCAAAUGUUGCCAAAUACUGACUUCAUAGGGGAUAUCAAGCUGCUGUUUAUUAAUCGGAAUGUCUUAAAAGCCUUCCUGCUUGCUCUCUCUGUUAUAGAUGGUGUCUUAGCCAGUCCCAAGUUUUUCCAAUGAACCUGAUUUUAAUACAUGGUAUUUUUGUAUGCUAAACUGGUGUCUUGUCCUUUGUAUAUGUGGUAAUGUUCAUUUUACGACUACUGUUAAAACACAUUUGCUAUGAUUAAAAUUCAAAAUGAUUUCAA